GCCCCACACCUCUUUGAAGCAAUAAAAAGCCCCCAGAGAGCUGAGGACCCCAGUUAGAGCGAAGAAGGCAGAUCCACCACAGCACUACCAAUCAGGUGACCCAGAAGUCUGAGCACAAUGGCUACAACACUCGGCUUGCUGCUGGCUGCUUUCAUCAUCAGCACAGUUACAGAUGUGUCCUAUGGUCUUGACUCCUGUGAGCCUGGAUGGGUGAGCUACUCCAACAAAUGUUACCAAUACUUCCCAAUGAGGAAGGCCUGGAUUGACGCUGAGCUUUACUGUAUCAGCCUUGGAGGAAACCUGGCGUCUGUCCACAGCAGCAUUGCCAACCAGUUCAUCACCAGUCUGAUUAGGAGCAGGGACUCCUCUGGCCCCUCCUCGUGGCUCGGAGGCUCCAACUGUGUGCGGACCUCAUCGUGGCUCUGGACAGAUGGGUCCCAGUGGGAUUUUACAAACUGGAAUCCGUUUGAACCCAACAACGUCGGUGGCAAUGAGAAGUGCUUCAACACCAACUUUAUGGUUCAAGGCGGCUGGAAUGACAUCGACUGUAGUAAUCAGUAUCCAUUUGUCUGCAUGAAAAACAAACCACUAAAACCGUGGAGUGGAGAGGAGAGGAGCCACGAGAGACACUAAAGAUGUCUGAUCUUCAUUACACUUUGGCUGUUUCUAAAUAAAAACACAUCUAGCAUUCA